AUCGCAUCGGGACUGGGUCAUAUACAGCGAGGUGCAGUUUAAUCUUUGGCAAAGCUUGGUCUGAUCCACUUGCAAUUAGCUAUAACUCCAGCCUGCUGGAAUACGUGGGGAGGCUAGAAUUCCUUAUUCCCAAGUCUUUCUACAACAUAAAUGCUCCUCCAUGGAAGAAGAAGAAGAAGAAGAAGAAGAAGAAGAAGAAGAAGAAGACCUUGUCAAACAAACUAUGACCAUUUUUCGGGAGAACGUCUCGUUGGACUCCACAGACCAUUUGAUGGGAGAAGAAGGAAGCAUGUGUUGGGUGACCAACAUAAUGGCGAAGGGAUCCAUGCAGCCUUCUCUGUCGUUGGAGUUUGUUGCUUGACAAGACAUCCAACGGGAGAGUUGGUUGAAGGAUUCAAACGUAACAACAACAAUUGUGUCGAGGUGUUGCAGUUGAGAAGAAGCGGCCACCAUGUUCUUCCGUAUCCGUUUCUGUUUCGCUUUUCUUGAAGCUACAAUAAGAAGUUUGCGCUUCGCUUGCGGUCGAGUAAAGCGCUGGACUAAAGGAGGAGGAGGAGGAGGAGGAGCACACACCACCGUGCAUGAAGUAUGCUGAUGCCACAUCAUAUCAUGCAUGCAUUUAUCCUGCUGAUGCUUUUGGGGUUAUUUGUUGUGCAGGGGGAAUUAAUCAUUUGUUCUCCAGUGGGGGGAAUUAAAUCCCAAGAUUCUACACUUGGAUGGUGUGCGAGGCAGCGCUACUCUAUUCCUUAUUCUCAAAAGAAAAAUGGGAAAUCAUAUAUGAAGUACCAAGGCAUGACGACUACGACACACCGACCGAGGGAACCAGAAGAGAUGACAGUAAAGAGUCUCGAUCAAAGGCAUGAUGACGAUGAUGUCUGGUGCAUUCACCCUUCACUGUACUCCCAUCCUUCCAACCUCUUCUUGCUCGUUCCACUGGGUAAAAAGCUCGAGUCUUGGGCAAGACAAAAGCAAGCCAGCAAGGGCUUUCUCAUUUUGGGCAGGGCCAUGGAGUCGCCAAUCCUGGAGUACAGCUCCGGGCCCGGUGUGUAUCGGAUCGGGUUGUUACUCCGAUGUUGGCUUCAUCAGCAAAUCACCGCUGCACACGCGCUGGGGUGGGGGCGCACCCCCCCGCGUUCUCGGGUGUUUCUCCCAAUUAGAUGCCUGUCGUCCACCUCAGGACUCUCCCACCUAUUAAUUAAUUCCCCUACCCUCUCUCUCCCUUCUCUCUUCGACCAUCGUCAUCUACCCGCCCAAACCUCCAAUUUUUUAGACCGUUUCUUCCAUUUCAAUCUCUCUCUCUCGAGCUCCAUGCAACCUGCAACUCCCUCUUAGAGAAAGAGAGAGAGAGAGAGAGAGAGAGAGAGAGAGAGAUUUACCACCAAUUUACUGGUCCCAUAGCGUCCAAUUUUGUUUCGAGCGAGAGCGAGAACGAGAGAAUGAGGCUCUCGAAGGAGUUCAUGGACAGCCCCCUUGGUGAUCGCGGGGCGAAUGACCUGGAGAGCGUCGUCGUCCAAGGCGACCAUAUCCAGACGGCCGCCGCCGAUUCGGUGGUUCGCCACAAGUCAUCCGGGUCGUCGAAGAGCUUCGCGCGGACCCUCCUGUCCCAGCCGUCCAAGAUCAUGAUGAGCUUCAGGGAGUCCGUGAAGAGCCCCAGCUCCAGGAUCCAAGCCCUUAGGGAGAGGAGGAACGCCGGGAGGAUGAACCGGGUGACGUCCAGAACGCAGAUAGGCCUCGCGGGGCUCCGCUUCCUCGAUAAGACGUCCGCCGGUAACGACGGGUGGAAGGCCGUCGAUAAGCGGUUCGGUCAAUUUGCCGUCGAGGGGAGGCUUCCCAAGGAGAACUUCGGCCCCUGCAUCGGCAUGGCUGAGUCAAAGGAAUUUGCCGGGGAGAUAUUUGUUGCUUUGGCAAGGAGGAGGAACUUGGAACCAGAAAACGGUAUAACCAAAUCUGAACUGAAGGAGUUUUGGGAAGAAAUGACGGACCAAAAUUUUGAUUCUCGACUACAGAUUUUUUUCGAAAUGUGUGACAAGAAUGGUGAUGGAAAGCUCUCAGAAGAUGAGGUGAAGGAGAUUAUCAUUCUGAGUGCCGCAGCAAACAAGCUUGCGAAGUUGAAAGCACAUGCGGCCACCUAUGCUGCUCUCAUAAUGGAGGAGCUUGACCCAGACGGUCUGGGUUACAUUGAGCUUUGGCAGCUUGAGACAUUACUUCAAGGGAUGGUUAGCUCAGACGGAGCCGAGUUAACAAAAAGUUCGCAGAGCCUUGCGAGAACAAUGAUACCGCUGAAAUACAGAAACCCAGUCACCAGAUUUUUCAGCAUGACCACAGAUUUUGUUCAUGAGAACUGGAAGAGGAUAUGGUUCAUUUCCUUUUGGUUAACAGUCAAUCUAGUCCUAGCUGGAUGGAAAUUUCUCCAGUACGAAAGGAGAGCAGCAUUCGAAGUGAUGGGCUACUGUGUCUGCAUGGCCAAGGCUGCAGCUGAGACCCUCAAAUUGAACAUGGCUCUAAUUCUCAUCCCUGUUUGUCGCAACACCCUCACGGGGCUCAGAUCAACCCGUCUCAGUUCAAUAAUCCCAUUUGACGACAACAUCAACUUCCACAAGACCAUCGCGCUGGCAAUAACAAUCGGAACUUUAGUGCACACAAUUGCUCAUGUAACAUGUGAUUUUCCAAGGUUGAUAACAUGUCCUAGUCCGACAUUCAUGAGAACACUGGGACCUAAUUUCAACUACAAGCAACCCACUUAUGCAUCUCUAGUGGCAAGUGCCCCCGGGGCCACCGGGAUCCUCAUGAUCAUCAUCAUGGCAUUUUCUUUCACACUGGCAACACAUUCGUUUAGGAGGAGUGUCGUCAAGCUGCCAUCGCCCCUCCACCAUUUAUCUGGUUUCAACGCAUUUUGGUAUGCCCACCAUCUUCUGGCUGUCGUGUACGUCCUUCUGAUAGUACACUCAUACUUCCUUUUCCUCACCAAGGAAUGGUACAAGAAGACAACAUGGAUGUAUCUUACGAUUCCAAUCAUCUUUUAUACCUGUGAGAGAUUAAUUCGGAGGGUUCGUGAGAAAAGGUUUCAUGUGAGCAUCAUCAAGGCAGCAAUAUAUCCAGGUAAUGUCCUUUCGUUACAUAUGAAGAAACCAGCAGGUUUCAAAUACAAAAGUGGAAUGUACCUUUUCGUCAAAUGCCCGGAUGUGUCACCCUUCGAAUGGCAUCCGUUCUCAAUCACUUCUGCACCAGGAGAUGAUUAUGUGAGUGUUCACAUCCGGACACUAGGGGACUGGACGUCUGAGCUUAGGAAUCUGUUUGGAAAGGUCUGCCAGUCUCAGGUCACUUUGAAGAAGGCUAAUCUAAAGAGACUUGAAACCACAGUUGUGGCAGAUGUUCAAUUUGAAGAUACAAGAUUUCCAGAGGUCUUCAUCGAUGGACCAUAUGGUGCACCAGCUCAAAAUUACAAGAAAUACGACAUUCUUUUGCUCAUCGGGCUAGGAAUUGGUGCAACUCCAUUUAUAAGUAUACUGAAGGAUCUCCUGAACAAUAUAAAGACCAAUGAGGAAAUGCAAAGAAUACAUAAUGCAGAUGCAUCUGACACAAAUGCAGAUGCAAGUAACACCAAAGGAAAUGGUCCAGGAAGGGCCUACUUCUAUUGGGUGACAAGGGAACAAGGAUCCUUUGAAUGGUUCAAAAGUGUCAUGAAUGAUGUUGCUGAGAGAGACUACAAUAAUGUCAUAGAGAUGCACAACUACUUGACAAGUGUGUAUGAAGAAGGCGAUGCAAGGUCAGCCCUUAUCGCAAUGGUUCAGUCACUUCAACAUGCCAAAAACGGUGUCGACAUCGUAUCUGGAAGUCGGAUACGCACACACUUUGCAAGGCCAAACUGGAGGAAAGUGUUUACCGACUUGUCCAACACCCACAAAGCUGCUCGAAUUGGUGGAACUAUUUUCGAACUUUUAGUAUCUCUAUCUACCUCUUCAAUGUCUAGAUUCCUUAACUUGUGGAAUUGCAGGUGUUUUCUACUGUGGACCUCCCACACUCACAAAAUCACUGAAGGAUCUUUCACAAGAAUUCAGCCAUGACACCAGCACUCGAUUCCAUUUCCACAAGGAGAACUUCUAGAGAAGAGACAAGAUAAUGUUGGUAGCCAAAACAUGGUCGUAUAGGAAAAGUUUUCGGGAACCAUUAGAAAAUUCUUGUACAGAAAUUCCAGUGUUGAUAGGAUGAAAUGUUACAACAUACACAAGAGAAAAAGAUUUAGAACAGGUGUGAAGUAGCGAGAAAUGAAUGAUUCCUUCAUCAUUUCUGACUGUCCGGAAACGAUUCAAGAAUUGGGAUAUCUAUUCCAUCAGCAGAAUCAUGAAGAAAAAAAAUCUUUCUUGCCUUGGGCUUUUUUGCUCUGGCAUUUGGCUAUUUCGCUUCGCCACUUUUCUAUAUAUAUUAUAAAGCUCGUCGUGCAAUUGCUUCCUUA